CGUAUUAAAACUAAUGGUUAAGGCCAGCCAAGGACCAACGCCACUAAUGCCUGUAAUAACUUUCCUGUAAAAUCCAACGCUACAAGGAAGGGAAGAAAUACAUAGCUUUCAACAAAAGAAAUAGAAGAUGAUGGAUUGCAAACCCACAGCAUUCUAUCUUGUUGAAGUUUAAUCAUAACUGAACCAAAUAAGUAGGAAUAGGAAAAACGAACGUCAAAUUGCAUAGCAUAGCAAGUACAGAUUUAUAAGCAAACAGAGUGGCUCGAAACAGAGUAGAUUGAGUUGCGGUCCUUGCACAGCAUGGUGAUUGGUGAUUGGUGAUUGGUGACUGGUGAGAAUAAAAAAUUACCUCCAUAAUCGGUUUUGGAUUUGUAUAUCCCAAGUCUUGACCCGAACUCAUGUUUUAACGGGUCAAGUUUGAUCACGUAUAAAAGCCCCACAAGGCCACAAGGGAGAAAGAGACCCCCCCCUACAAUUUCGAAAAUUAGGGUUCGCUCUGCUUCGGGAGGGAAAACCUUUCAAUCAUCAAAUUGCAGCGUCUGCACCAACGAAGAACGCGCCCAUCAAUCCAUUUCGGCUUGCAAAUCCUCUUCCUUGCUAGAGCAAGCUCGAAUUUUCAAUUGGGUACAUGAAUGGUGGUACGUACUCGCAUCAUUACUACAACUACUACUACUUAGUCUUUGCUUUGGCUCAGUAAUUGAUGGCUUCAGUAAUCAAAAGCCCAUUUUUUUUGUAGUAUAAAUUUCAACCAAACUCUAUUGGAAACGAUAUUAACAACAUAGUGUGAUUCAUGGAACACAAGGGUAAGUUAUUGGCUAGUGGAAAUGGUGAGACUGACAGGUUUAGCAAUCUUCCCAAGGAAGUCCUUGAUAAGAUUCUUUCACGUCUUCUGAUUAGCGACCUGGCUCGCUUCUGCUGCGUGUCCAAAACAUGCAAAGAUAUCUCUCUGUCCGCUCCGUCUGUGAGCAUUUGUGGAUUUGGUGUAGAUGAAAUAGCGGAGAUGCCGUGUGAAGUUCGGUUGAAACUGGUGAAUGCAUUGGAUAGGUUCUUGCUUAGUCGUGGGGAUAAUGAGAUGCGGAAAUUUACUCUUGUUUGGGAGGGUCAUCAUGAGGACGAGGUCGAGGAACCGCCAUGCUUCUGUGUUAAUGAGAGUUUCCGAAUGAUCACCUGGAUUCAGAAUGCACUGAGGUGUAAUGUUCAAAAGCUUUUUAUUGAUAUGACCUUUUAUGAUCGUGAUGGGGAACUUUUAGCAUUUCCGUCUUGUGUCUUUAAUUGUGCAUCUUUGAGGUCUCUAGUGGUAGAAAUGUCAUUUACGGUUGUUAAAACACCCUCAUUUACGUUCUCAUCUAAUCUUGAGACCUAGGCAUUGAGCGAUGUUGACAUUGCAGACGAGGGGUUUUUCAAGUGGAUAUCAUGUUCGUGCAAGCUCCUUAAGGAAUUGCGUCUUGCAGGACUUAAUGGGAUAGAUAAUAUCACCAUUGAAAGCUUGUCUUUGGAAAAAUUUAGUUAUAUUCAUUUCGAGGUGUAUGAAACCUGUCAUAUUAACAUUUCUGGUGAGAAGCUUGAAGAAAUACAUAUUAACUGCAGUUAUUCACCUAGAAGCACCGUGUUGAACAUUAUUGCUCCAAAUGUCAAAUCUUUGAGGUUGGAGGGAAACGUGAAAAAUAACCUGAAUCUGGGAGACUUAAAUUGUUUAGAACAAGCUUCUAUUCUUAUGGAGCCUAUAGUAGAUGAGUUCGACAAAGUAUAUGAUGUUCUUUCCAGUUUGUGCAGUGUGGAAGUUCUUGUCCUAAAUGAAGCUACCAUCAAGGCUGCUUACAGGGAGGAAGGCAUGCAAGCUCAAUUAGAUGAGAUUUGGUAUUUGCAAAUGAAUAUUGGUAGCUUUACUGAUGAUCUAGUCCCGGCAGUUGUCUCUCUCUUAAGAGGAACACCAAAUUUAUGUACCUUAUACAUGUGUUAUAAACCAACUUCACUUGACCCUAAAUCUAAUACGUCUGGGUUUGAUAUGGAGUAUUGGAAGAAGCAAAACCUGGAUUUUAUUUCUCAGGUUCAGGACGUUACCAUAGAGCUCAGUGCUGGGUUUAAUGGAAUUGAGUUAGCAAGGUAUGUACUUGAGCAUGCGGAGAGCCUGGAGAAAAUGGUCAUUAGGUAUUUAACCCGUGAAUCUAAUGUUAGACGGAAGUUAAAAAAUAGUAACAUGAUCUCCAAUGCCGCAGUUACUUUUGAGAAAUACGAAAGUUCAGUUAACCCAUUUUGGUAGUAUUCAUCAUCUAUUUUUGAUACCAUGUUGAAACGUAACUGUAAGUGUUGAUAUUUCUUUGGAAUUUCUUUGAAUCAGUGUAAUGGUAUUUCGUCUUUGUU